AUGCGUGUGAAAGUCUCAAGUAACACAGACGAUGAUGCUGUUUUGAUCUGUUAUCAACGUUCGCGUACAGCUGGUUUGCUGCAUCGGUACGCAUUUCGAAUGUCUCAUCACAUUGAUACGAAAAAAGUUGGAAAUGUGUAUUGGAUUCGUUUUAAUCGUCCUGAAAAGUACAAUGCUAUUAGUUCGGAGAUGUACCGUGACCUCAUCACUGCCUUUGAGGAAGCAGAGAAUGAUCAGGAGAUACUAAUUACGGUGCUCACAGGAAACGGCAAGUACUACAGUGCUGGAUCCGACUUUUCAUUUGCUGAGUUGGAACAUAUGAGAGAGAAUGAUGAAGAGCCGCUGUACAAGCAAUGGGUGGACAAGAUUAUUCGUCAUUCGAAACUCUUAAUGGCGCUGAUCAAUGGACCCGCCAUUGGAGUUGCCUGUACCACACUCGCGCUUUGCGAUGUUGUUUUAGCAUCUGACCAGAUGUUUCUAAUGCCUAAAAAAAUUCAACCGCAGUCAGAAUUGAUCAAGCUGCUCGCGCUCUUUACACAGGCGUACUUCCACUGCCCGUUCACUGAUCUGGGAUUGAAUCCUGAGGGUGCUAGUAGCUACACUUUUGUACAAAUUAUGGGAUAUCAAAAGGCUGUUCGCCUUGCUCUUCUGGCAGAAAAAAUGUCUGCUCACGAGGCUUGUGAUGCCGGACUUGUCACAAAGGUGAUUCCUCAAGCUCGAUUCGAAAAAGAAACAAUUGAGCUUAUUACCAAGUACAGCAAACUUGCUCACCAGAGUGUUAUCGUCUCAAAGCGACUACUACGAACUUCGCACAUCGUCGAUGAUCUACUUACGAUAAACAGGAAGGAGUGCGAGGUACUUAUGAAGCAGUUCACUUCUGACGAGACAAUUGAAAGGAUGACGUCAAAGUUUCUGUCUAAAAUAUGA